CAUAAUAUAAACCGGCUGCAAGCCAGCAACCGCCACCUUCUCCUCCGCCCUCCGCGGCCUUUGGAGGCGCAAAUUUCCCGCCAUUCUCCUCUACGAUAUCAUGACAUGAUAUGGCUCUUCACUCAUUCAAGCCCUUCGCAGCCAUUCUCUCUCUCCUCUUCGCUCACGCAGUCAUCGUUGUGGUGGGGGAAUCAUCGACCUGCUUGACGGUGUACCGAGAAGGCGGCGCCCCGGCGGUCUUCCAGUCGCCAAAGUGCCCCCGCUGGAAGCUCUCCGGCCAUGCCUCCCCUACACGCGCCUCUCCACCGGCGGCAAGCUCUGCCAGGUGGCCGUGCUCCAGGGCAGCCGCAAGUACCAGGAGGAUCGCACCUUCUGCGCUCUCGACGUCCGCAUCCCUUUCCCCAGUAGUACAGGGAUUAAGGAGGUGACUGUUGGAGUAAUAGCUGUUUUCGAUGGUCAUAACGGAGCAGAAGCUAGUGAGAUGGCGUCUAAGCAUCUGUUUGAGUAUUUCAUGUUGCAUGCCUACUUCCUCCUGGAUUCAACCUUUUCCGUCGCAUUGAAGAAAUUCAUGGGAAAGUUGGGGAGAAAAGGAGAUCUGGAUGGUCUUUUUCAAGUUCUCAAUUGGCAUGAAGAUUUGAGUUGGCAGUAUCAGGAUCAAGAAAGGGUUAAGUCCUCAAGGACAGUAGAAUUUGAUCAUUCCUAUCAUUUGGAAAUUCUGAAGGAAGCAUUGACGAGGGCAAUCUGGGAUAUUGAUGCAAAAUUUUCAAAGGAAGCAUCCAGAAGCAAUCUUAAUUCAGGAUCCACAGCAACAGUUAUACUCGUGGCAGAUGGCAAAAUUUUAGUUGCGAAUGUUGGAGACUCAAAGGCUCUCUUAUGCUCUGAAAGGUUCCAGUCCCCCGCGGAUGCUAGAGCGACUUUACUAAGAUUACAUCGCGAGAAAAGGCGGGGUGGUGCUAUUAUGCCCAUGAAAUACAGUGAGCACUUUAAGUUGGCUAGUUUGAAUGGUUUGACGCACUUUUCUGUUCAGGAGUUAACAAGAGAUCAUAGUCCCGAUAGGGAUGAUGAAAGGUCUCGAGUAGAAGCUGCGGGUGGUUAUGUUCUUAAUUUGAGUGGUGUUCCUCGAGUCAAUGGCCAACUGGCUGUUUCACGAGCCAUUGGUGAUGUGAAAUUUAAAAGUUCUGGUGUAAUAGCAGCACCAGAAGUUAUGGAUUGGCAAUCCCUCAACAUCAAUGAUAGCUAUCUGGUAGCUGCAUCAGAUGGUGUUUUUGAAGAAUUGAGCCCACAAGAUGUUUGUGAUAUACUGUGGGAAGCACAGAGUCAUGGCAACUCAAGAUCAGAGAUAUCUUCAUCAUGCUCUUACUCAUUAGCUGACUGUAUAGUGGAAACUGCUUUGGAAAGGGGCAGUAUGGAUAAUAUGGCUGCUGUGGUUGUGCCUCUUCAAUUAAGUCUUCUAUCUCGUAACAUUCAACCGGGUAACUAUACUGGAGGAGUUGAUACAGAUACCACAUCUGUAGGAUUAGAGUACAAUAAUGGUCGGUCAGAUAAGGGCCUGUCUUCUGAUAUUAUCGGCUUAGAGCAUUUUCAUCCUCAUUCAAUGAAGUUUGGCAGGUUGAUGGUUGAACCAAAGCAUGGAAGUUUUUGCUGUUUUUAUUUAGCUGAGCCGCUUAGUGAAGAUAUGGAUGAUAUGUUAGAAGCUCAAAUUCAUGAUUGGAAGGAGCCUGUAUAUGGCCUGCCUCUGGCUCUUCCUGAAGCCCUCAACCAACAGUGCGGUGGACCUGUGAAUAUUAAUUCCGACCAAAAUUUAUGCAAGAGUCAGAAAGUCUCGAAGAAAAAGUGCCACUGUCAUAUCAAAAAUCCGGUGGAAGAAUCCACCAUUAUAAUUUUAAGUCCUAAAGUCGAAGAUCAUGUCCCAGACUCAGAGCUGCUGCCUGAAUGGCCAAGUAAGGGGCAGGAAGCCUCCUCCUGGCCAAUGCAACACAGGAAAUGGCUCAGAAUGCUGCAAGGAAGGCAAGAUGUAGCCAAUCUCCAAGUGCUCUCCACCAGUUUCAAGCCACCAAGGCCUUGUUAACCAUCAACAGCUUCGGGAAGGGCAAGAUUGGGCGGACCGUGAGAGUGCAACAAAUACUACCUCUCUGAUACCAUCCCUACUGUUGCCCUGCCGAUGGGAUGGUUCAGCCACAGGAGUAGGUGCCAUCGAAACAUAACCAUAAGGGGGAAUGGGAGGAGCGUGAGAGCCAUGGUGGUGGAUGAAUGUGACUACACCUAGGGAUGUGAUGACGAACGCGAUUAUCAACCCCAAUGUGAUGACAACAUUGUCGAUCAGUCACAGGCCCUGUGAGAAACCUUGGGGGUCCCAGGGACAGUUGCAAAUGGGGUUGGAUGGAGAUUACUCUGUCUGAUGUUUAGUGAUGAGUUGCCUGAUGCCGGUAAAGGCUGUUGGAUGGUUUUCAAUUUCCUGUUUCAAUAUAGAAUAAGACUAGGCCAUACAAGUGUGGUUUUCAA